GCUGACGGGCGCCGUGCGGAGCCGGGCGGCGGGCGCGGAGCCGGAGGGGAGCGGUAGCAGCAGCAGCCGGUGGCGGCGCGCGGCGUCGGUAGCUGUCGGCUCUGGCGCGGCGUUUCAUCCACCCCCUCGUGAGCCUGGGGAACCUGCAGCUCAAAGCCGCCGCCAGCCACACCACCAUGUACCCCGGCAACAAGCGGAAAAAGCUCUGGCGGGAGGAGAAAGAGCGUCUGCUGAAGAUGACCUUGGAAGAAAGACGCAAAGAGUACUUAAGGGAUUAUGUUGCAUUGAAAAAUAUCCCAACAUGGAUGGAAGACUUAAAAAAUAAGAGUGAAAGUGAUGGUGAAAACGCUAAAGAAGAUCUGCAAGGGAAGAAAAGUCUGAGUGAGAAAGUUUCUCUUUAUAGAGGUGACAUUACGCUGCUUGAGGUUGAUGCCAUCGUUAAUGCUGCUAAUUCCAGCCUUCUUGGAGGUGGAGGAGUGGAUGGCUGUAUACACAGAGCUGCUGGACCCUGCUUAGUUGCUGAAUGCCGCAACCUGAGUGGCUGUGAGACUGGACAAGCAAAAAUUACGUGUGGAUAUGACCUACCUGCAAAAUAUGUGAUCCAUACUGUUGGGCCGAUUGCAAGAGGCCAUCUCACCGACACUCAUAAAGAAAACUUGGCAAAUUGCUAUAAAUCCUCUCUGAAACUGGCAAAAGAAAACAACAUCAGAUCGAUUGCAUUUCCCUGUAUUUCAACAGGAAUUUAUGGUUUUCCAAAUGAGCCCGCUGCUGUCAUUGCCCUUAACACUAUUAAGGAAUGGCUAAGCAAGAAUCACAAUGAGGUGGAUCGUAUCAUCUUCUGUGUCUUUUUGGAGGUUGACUACAAAAUUUUCAAGAAGAAAAUGGGCGAGUUUUUCCCUCUAAAUGAUACUAAUGAAGAAGGAACUGACCUGAGUGAAGAGACAGAAGGAUUGGGACAAAAAGGCCAGGCUCCAUCUUCCACAGAGAGCAGAGCAGAGCAGCCUGAGGACCUGCAAGAUGAUGUUGAAGGCGGUAACAGCACAGAGGAGAAGCAAAAUGCCGAAGAAACGGAGGCCCAGAGCCAAGAAACAGAUGAGAUGAAACCUGCAACUGUAGCCAGCCUAUCAUCAGAAGAAACAGAGCUGCGUGAAGAUAAAGACUCCCUGAAAGACUCCAAAGGCGCACAGGAGAGUGACCCAGUGCAUCCUGUGGGAUGUGAGCAAAAUCAAGCCGAAGGACAACAGAAUGUUUCUGCAGAGGAGAUGAAAACUGGGGCAGAUUCCCAAAGCUCCUGCAUGGAAAUAGAAGAGCCAUUGUUGAACCAAGAAGGCACAAGAGAAGUUGAGAUACCUUUGAUUCAUGGUGCAGAAGAAAAAGAAGGAGGAAAAGAUGAAGAAGGAGGCAUGCAAGGGAAAGAGGAAACUUCUGCAGAGCCUAUGAAAGUUGACCUUGUAUGUGAAGCAGCAGACAUUUCAAAUAAGGAUGCUGAAAUGAAUAGUCAAGUUGAAAGUAUAAAUGAUCCUAUGGAAACAGAGCAGGAAGCUUAAGUAACAGCAAAGGAAGGAUGCAGGAGAGGAGAGACCCGAGGAAACCCGACGGGCAGGCACUGACAUCCUACGGCAUCAUUCUUGGCAGAAAAGAGCACGCAGAGAUGCUCCGUGGGUUGGGAGGGAGGGAGCUUUGGGGAAAUGACUCUUUGCUUUAAUUUCUCUUUGUUCUUCAUUGCAUUUUGUUCUGUAAGCCUGUUGGAAAGAAACAUAACUUCUCAGUUCUAACAAUGUUUUGCAAUUAUCCUUGCAAUUACAACAGUUUCUUCUGAACUGUGGGUCCCUGUCUUAUAUUGGAUCUCUUUUUCUCCUGCAUCGUAUCAUCAGUAACCUGUUUCUAGGCCCACUCCUUUUGUAGCAUCUUUAUCUUCUUUCACAGUUACGGUACUGUCUGCAGGCAACCCGUGGGAGCCAGUUUAUUCUCCUUCCCCCCUGUUUGUUUUUGUUUUUUUUUUUUUUUUUUUAACUGUUCCCUAGGAUAUAACUGGAGAUUUUCUUUGAGAACAUGAACUGCCACAAAGGAUUAUAAUCCACACACACUGAUAAACAACCACCCUCCUUGUGCUAGGGAUUUGAAAGACUAAAUGCUCCAAAACCUCUGAAAUACUGAUAGAGGCAGAGCCGCACGUUGCCCACCUCCAGGCUUGCCGAUUGGUGGCUCCUGCCGGCACCCCCCAGCAGGUCGCCGUGGCCGAUUGCUAGAAGGGCGCUGGCCGGAUUCCCUCGAGUCCGUGCUGGAAGCAGAGGCUGCACGUUAACUCUGUCAUCCCGAUGCCUUGGGAUCGCCCGUGGCUCUGCCCUUCGCCUUUCUCUGUGGCAUGGGAAGGCGAAACCACAGCCAGCCAGCGCUGUGCUGUGUCCCUCUGGGGGUCUUAUUCGCGAAUAACGUGCGUGGCCCCCACCAGCCGGUGCCCCACAUCAGCCCUGCUCUUGUCCAGGGAGAUCUGUGCACCUCGGAACCGGUGCAGGUAGGCAACAGAUAUUUCCUCGAGCCCGCAAGUGACAGAGGAUAAUAGCACUGUGCAUUCAAGGCACCUUUAAAUACAGCUCCCAGCUUUAACGACUUCACACCGUAUCUUGUGUGAGCCCUCAUUAUAUUUUCUACUGCAUAUGCAUGAUUUCUUUUUUUUAAUUUUUAAAAAAAAGCAAUUAACAGUUAUUUGGAUAAGAAUCUCUCACCAUAUGCCAAUUGUUCUGCUAGCAAAUGCUGUGCUGAAAUUUUUAGAAAAGGAACAAAAGGGUUUCACAUACAUUUCCCAGCCAUGCUGUAACCAAAACCGAUAGACACUACACUCGAUGGAAGAGCAUGCAACCUUUGUCCAGGGUGUGAUGUGAUACAAACUGUAUUUUAAAAUGCUGCUGAUAAUAAUUUGGUCAUUUUAAGCAAAGUAAUUGAUUCUGUUCUUUUUUUUUUUUUUUUUUUCCCCAAAUAUGCAUGAAUCCCAAAAUAGUUAUUUACUAGCUGGCCCCCCAAAAAAAUAAAAAGUUAAAAAACAAGGUAAGAUAUAUCUCUAUCCUCCUGUGAUCUGGGUUUAUCUCAGCUAGAGUAGGUUUGGUGAUAAAAUGUCUGCUGGUGUAACAGCAAGUCAAAUUUGGCCGUAAUGCACCUACCGCUGGCUACGGCAGUUGGUGGCUGCCAUCAGCUGGAGUUUAAUUCAAAAGGGAGUUCAGGACAAACAAGGAUUAGAAAGGAAAACAAGAAAAGCCCCAGAUUUCACUCAGAGAGUACGGCCCCUAGAAAGGCAGCCCCCUGUCUCCCUAUGUGCAGCUCCAGCAUGUUUGCUCGUGGUGGGAUAAGAAGAGUAUUUCUGUGUGCUCCUGUGGUGCUUUAACCCAGGUGACACGAGCACCAGAGAAGAUCUUGAGGAGCUGCUUCAUCACCCGUUUGUCCUGGAGUGGAUGCAUAACUCUGAAUUGGAUUAACUGCGGAAGGAGUAAAUGAGGUGACGUAAGCCUAUGAUAUUGCUAAGUUUACCUAAAUUUGCUAGAUACCACUCCUCUGGCCCUUGUUCGCCUCGGAGCACCCUUGAAGGGACUCCUUGUUCCCUUUGAGGUGCCUCUGCUGCUUUUCUUUCCCAUCCCUGGGGACAUGCUUGACAGAACGUGUCUUUUGGGACACGGAUUUUUUUAUUCCUGGAAAUGAGGUCAUUUCCAGCCAAUUGCAGUUUUGCAGUGGGAGGCCUUGCAGGUAGUACCUCUACAUGGUGUGCAUCCCGUAUAUUUCUGUAUAUUUUCUGUACUGGGUGAUUUUGAUUGAAACAGCUUGUCGUAAUAGGUGGUGCAGGAGCGAAUAAAUACCUCGGGAGGAAGGGGAGUAAAUGCAUUGGGUGUCCCCCCUCUCAAUUCCCCUUUUGUGCAGUCACUGUGAAAAGACCAGGAUUGUAGGGCUCCCUACAUCUAGGUAAGUGAGGGAACCUGACGCACAGGACCAGGACGAAUCUCCGUGAGCUCGACUUUGAGCCGUGUGAAAUGUCAAGGAGAUCUGAGGUGGCCAGGUCGUCAACCAGGAUGAACUAAGCUCCGCAAGGCUACAUUAACUUCAGUCAACUGAGUAUCCAUUCCCCUCUGCUCUUCUUUCCAUCAUGCUUGCCCGGGAGCAAUGUUAACAGAGCUGUAGGCUGCCAUUACCUGCUUACAGAUGCCCCCCUCGCCAAUGCCAGCCUUGCUUUUAGCAAGGGGGCCAAAGGGAGACUCCUUAAACUCCUUGUGAAGACUUGACCAAUAUUUUUUUUAAAAUUAACUUCAAAAAUGCUUCACAUUAGACACUUUCUAUCCCCAGACAGGAAGUUCAUUGCACUUUUCAUUUAACUUUGGUCAUCCAGCAGCAGCAAGUCUUUGAAACCAUGAACCAUUUGCCCAAGGAUGCAGCGGCAAAGCGUGAAGUCCAGGUAGGAAGUGUAAAGCAAAGAAACAUAGGAGUUGAUUAAGUCCUUACAGGACAAUUUGCAGCCGCGUCUAUAUCUAUUGGUCUUCAGGUGGGUUUUGAUUUGAGUUGUUGGGGUUUUUCACUAGUCAUAGCUUGGCAGCCUGAGCUCUUCAGAUGCAUUAGUAGUUGAGGCUGGACCCAUGCUCCUCGAUGCAGUCUCCACCGCUCUUGCUGGAGCUGCAGCAAUGCAUGGAGCUGAUUUUGUAGAAAAGCAAGCAUCACCUCACAGGGAUUUGUGUCAAGGAUUUUGGUUUAAACCCGAAAUGUGUUUGCAAUAGGUGGCCCUAAAGGAAAUAGCAGCCCUUUGGUGCUGAUGUUUGCAUACAAAUUAAGAGAGUCUGCUUGGUUGUUGUUUCACCUAUGUCUGAAAUGCUCAUCCCUACUGUUAGGCACAGCAUUCCUUGGGCUGGUGACUGCUCUGAUGACGAAUGGGUUUCCUUCCAUGCAGACAUCCAAAGGGGAUGUUUGAGACAUAGUCUGUAAUAAUGGGUCACACAUUUGCUGCAGCUAAUUGUCAAUCUUUCUAUAAAGCACUGAGAAAUCCCCUCUGUGAAUUAACACUGUUCUGCUUUAGGCACUUGAAUAAAAAUAUUAGAAGAAAAAUACUUUACUCUAUAUGCAGUGCAUGCCGGCUUUGCUUUGAAAAUGACAAACUUAAUAGAGUAUGUAGAUCUAUUUUCUUGGGGAAUAGGGGUUUUUAUCAUAUGAUUCAUCCAGUAUUUGCCUUACCCUGACAUUUGUGAUAUAAAGGAAAGUUUAAGAAAAAAAAGAAAAAAAAAGAAAAAUUAAAAAAGGUAAUUUUCUUGAUCCAAAAAUAUGUUUCUACUUCAAUGUAAAGAAAUAUAGACUGUUGCUUGCAAAAUGUCUUCUAAUAGAUGGUCUAGCAGCUAUAUCAGUUAACACAUGCCUCUUCUGUUACUCUGUCAUUUACAUGCUGAAUUUGCCUCUGAGUCUGUUUUUUUUUCCUUUAGCCUGUGCCAACUUAAAGAACCGAUGCCUUCAUACUGUGAUGUUUGUUAAAGCAAAAUGUUAAUAAAGCUUCUCCCGAAGACA